CAAAGAUUGUUGCUCGGUUAAGAGAGAGAGAGAGAGAAGCAACACGGUGAAGAAACGUUGUUGAAUUCAUUCAUUCAGCUUCACGCGCGACGCAGAGGAGCGUGUAGAGAGUGUGAUGCAAUUGCAAUUGCAAUUGCAAAGGGAAAGAGUGGGGUUAGGUUUCAAUUCAAUUUCAUCGCUAUUCUCUCUUUCUAUUUCUAGCUGACUUCAGCUCACUUCACCUCUCUAUCUUCGCUUCGCUUGUUCUCUUGAUCUUCCAUCAGGUCAAAUGAGAUGGAUUCUUCACAGAAUGUUGAGAUGGAGGCAGCGAAGUUUCUGCACAAACUCAUCCAAGAUUCUAAAGAUGAGCCAGCCAAGUUGGCUACUAAACUCCAUGUGAUACUGCAACACAUGAAAUUAAGUGGGAAGGAGCAUACAAUGCCAUAUCAAGUGAUAUCAAGGGCAAUGGAGACUGUCAUCAACCAACACAGUCUUGAUAUUGAAGCAUUGAAGUCAUCCCGUCUUCCUUUGUCUGGCAGUGCUCAAAUAGGAUCUUCACAGGCAGUAGGCGUUGCUAAGGAUUCCAGAGCGGGGUUGGCUGAAAAUGAGAUGCCCAAAAUGGGCCACUUUGCUUCUGGCCGGCCACCAGUUGCCCCAAGUAGUGGAGCAACUGAUUUUUAUCAAGGAUCUGUGACUCAGAGGAGUGGCCAGUCUUUUGAUCAAGAAAGUCCAUCUAGUUUGGACUCUAGGUCUGCUAACUCGCAAUCACAAGAUCAACAUGAUGCUGCUAAGUGGGACAAACAGGUGAAGCAAAAGGAUGGUAAAAAAGCUACCUCAAAGAGAAAGAGGGGAGAUACAUCAUCACCUGUGGAACCACAUACUGACGUUCCUUCUCAACUUGAUUCCCAAAAUACUGUGAAUACAAGGAAGGGGAAAAUGAUGACUGAAUCAUCCGAUGGUCUUCCAGUUAAAAGUGGCGACUUGACCAAAUUUAACAUGGUUCCAAGUAGUAUCCAAAUGGAGCAUUUUCCAGCUUUGUCUGGUAGUAUGCAAACAAUGCAUAGUGCCAAUCAAGAAGGUGCAUAUGCCAAGGUUCAUGGAGGGUUGGUGGUUGCUACUACUUCACAACCGAUGUCUGAACCAGUUUUCUCAAGUUCGGUGCAGUAUGGCAGUGUGCUAGAGAAUGAUGGUGGAAGUUCAACUUCUUUAACUGACAGACAUAAGAUAGCUCAGAUUGGCCGGCAAGGUAGUUUUUCUGAAACGACUGCUCUUAGACAAGGUUUCCCCCCUAAAGAUACAGGAAAAUCUGCAGUUUCUGCUGUACCUGAAUCAUCUUCUACACCUUUCAAAGAACAACAGUUAAAACAGCUUCGAGCUCAGUGUCUUGUUUUUCUAGCAUUUAGAAAUAAUUUAGCACCAAAGAAAUUACAUCUUGAAAUUGCACUUGGAACCUCCUUUUCUAGAGAAGGCAAAGAUCCUAUUGACCACAAAGGAAAAUCACAAUCUUCUAGUGAACUGGGCAAUUCAUCUGGGGUUAUGAUGCCUUUUGGAUGUCUGAACAAUAUGAGACAAUCAGAUAGUAACCCUUCAGGGCCCUCUUCUACUGGGAAAACUGUGGAGGCUGACUCUUACUCAAAGGGAACUGAGAGCCCAAGAGUGAUGGAGGACAAUGGUAUACUUUCAGAGGAACGGAAACAUCUCCUAGCUGCCAAAAAAGGAGAGUUUGAAAAGCAAAUUCAAGAAAAAGUGGCUGCACAAGCUUCCUUAACCACCUCAUUUCAGCAAGAUUCUUCAAGUUUGAAUAAACAAACGAAUCCUGAGAUAAGUGGCCGGACUGGAUUUGCUAGUCCCAACGAGGCUGCAAAGGGAUCUCCACAGCCUAGCCAGUUUCUAAAUAUUGUUAACAAUGGCGGUUCUCGGAAUCAUGAUCCUUAUAGUUUAAAAGAUCAUUGGAAACCUAUUGCAGGCAUUGACGUUCAUUCCCAGGGAGCAAUGAUGAUGCAGGAUACAAAUUCAAUGAUAAAAUAUGUUUCUUCAGAUGGGUUCAAAUCAGUUCCUGUUGAUGGUACAUCAAGACAGGAAGGGAACGAGAGUCAGCUAUCGAGUAAUUUGCCACCUCCGAAGUAUACAAUGUCAGAGAGAUGGAUAAUGGAUCAGCAGAGAAAUAGGCUUCUAGUUGAGCAAAAUUGGGUACACAAACAGCAGAAAACAAAGCAAAGAAUGGUUACAAGUUUUCUCAAGUUAAAGGAAAAUGUGAACUCGUCUGAAGAUAUAUCUAAUAAAACAAAAAGCGUCAUAGAGUUGAAGAAACUGCAACUACUAGAUCUCCAACGUCGUCUCCGUAGUGAUUUUUUGAAUGACUUUUUCAAGCCAAUUACAACUGAGAUGGAGCAUUUAAAAUCAAUAAAGAAACAUAGGCAUGGUAGGAGGGUCAAACAACUUGAAAAGAUUGAACACAAAAUGAAGGACGAGCGCCAGAAAAGAAUUCGUGAAAGGCAGAAGGAGUUUUUCAGUGAGAUAGAAGUCCACAAGGAAAGACUUGAUGAUGUUUUCAAAAUGAAGAGGGAACGGUGGAAGGGUUUGAAUAGAUAUGUGAAAGAGUUCCAUAAAAGAAAAGAGCGUAUUCAUCGCGAGAAGAUUGAUAGAAUCCAGCGGGAAAAGAUUAACUUGUUGAAAAUAAAUGAUGUCGAGGGCUAUCUACGAAUGGUGCAGGAUGCCAAAUCUGACCGUGUGAAGCAACUUCUUAAAGAGACUGAGAAGUAUCUUCAAAAGCUUGGGUCCAAGCUACGAGAAGCAAAGGCUGCUGCAGGUCCUUUUGAGUAUGAUGUUGAUGAGGCUCGAAGUGGCAGUUUUCUUGAGAAUAGUGAAGCUAAUCUUGAAAACGAGAAUGAAACUGAUCAGGCAAAGCAUUAUAUGGAAAGCAAUGAGAAGUAUUACAUGAUGGCCCACAGUGUGAAGGAGAGCAUUGCAGAGCAGCCAUCUUCUUUGCAGGGUGGAAAAUUGAGGGAGUAUCAAAUGAACGGCCUGAGGUGGCUGGUUUCCCUAUACAACAAUCAUUUGAAUGGAAUCCUUGCUGAUGAAAUGGGACUGGGUAAAACUGUCCAGGUCAUUUCUCUGAUUUGCUACCUAAUGGAAACAAAAAAUGACAGAGGGCCAUUUCUUGUGGUUGUGCCCUCUUCGGUUCUACCUGGUUGGGAGUCUGAAAUCAACUUUUGGGCCCCUAGUAUUCUUAAAAUAGUCUAUGCUGGACCACCAGAAGAGCGGCGUCGGCUAUUCAAGGAAAGAAUUGUUCACCAGAAAUUCAAUGUCCUUUUGACGACAUAUGAAUAUCUGAUGAACAAGCAUGAUAGACCAAAGCUCAGCAAAAUUCAUUGGCAUUAUGUAAUAAUUGAUGAAGGUCACCGCAUAAAAAAUGCUUCAUGCAAAUUAAAUGCUGAACUGAAACACUAUCAGAGCUCGCACAGAUUGUUGUUAACCGGAACUCCGUUGCAGAAUAGUCUUGAGGAACUAUGGGCACUACUGAACUUCUUGUUGCCAAACAUAUUCAAUUCAUCAGAGGACUUUUCUCAAUGGUUUAAUAAGCCAUUUGAGAGUUCUGGAGAUAAUUCAGCUGAUGAAGCCUUACUUUCUGAGGAGGAGAAUCUGUUGAUCAUAAAUCGUCUGCACCAAGUUCUGAGGCCAUUUGUUCUUCGGAGACUAAAACACAAGGUUGAAAAUGAGCUUCCUGAAAAAAUUGAGAGACUUGUACGAUGUGAGGCGUCUGCGUAUCAAAAACUUUUGAUGAAGAGGGUGGAAGAAAAUCUUGGUUCUAUUGGCACUACAAAGUCUCGAUCAGUACACAACUCUGUCAUGGAGCUUCGUAAUAUAUGCAAUCAUCCAUAUCUCAGUCAUCUUCAUGCAGAAGAGGUGGAUAACUUAAUACCUAAGCAUUAUCUGCCACCGAUUAUUCGACUUUGUGGGAAGCUUGAGAUGUUGGACCGCAUAUUACCUAAAUUAAAAGCUGCAGAUCAUCGGGUUCUUUUCUUUUCAACAAUGACUAGGCUUCUCGAUGUUAUGGAGGAAUACUUAACCUUAAAACAGCAUCGUUACCUCCGAUUGGAUGGGCAUACUUCAGGGAAUGAUCGUGGUGCCCUAAUUGAUGCGUUUAACAAAACUGAUUCUCCAUAUUUUAUUUUCUUACUCAGCAUUCGAGCUGGUGGUGUUGGAGUGAAUCUUCAAGCUGCUGACACAGUGAUCAUAUUUGACACAGACUGGAAUCCACAGGUUGAUCUGCAAGCCCAGGCAAGGGCUCAUAGAAUUGGUCAAAAGAAGGAUGUUCUAGUUCUUCGAUUUGAAACAGUUCAAACUGUUGAAGAACAAGUCAGGGCAGCUGCUGAGCACAAGCUGGGUGUUGCUAAUCAAAGCAUUACUGCUGGUUUUUUUGACAACAAUACUAGUGCUGAAGAUAGAAGAGAAUACUUGGAAUCCCUCUUACGUGAGUGUAAGAAAGAGGAAGCUGCACCUGUUUUGCAUGAUGAUGCUCUAAACCAUCUCUUAGCCCGCUGUGAAUCAGAGUUAGACGUGUUUGAGGCUGUUGACAAAACAAGGCAGGAAGACGAGAUGGCUACAUGGAAGAAAUUGGUGCUUAGCCAGGCGCUUGAUGGCUCUGAACAUAUUCCUCCCCUUCCUUCCCGUCUUGUCACUGACGAAGAUUUGAAACAAUUUUAUGAAGUAAUGAAGAUUUCUGAUGUGCCCAAGGAUGAUGCAGCAUCUAACGGAGUAAAGCGAAAGAGUAGACAUGCUGGAGAGCUUGAUACUCACCAAUAUGGCCGGGGAAAACGUGCAAGAGAGGUUCGGUCCUAUGAAGAGCAAUGGACAGAGGAGGAGUUUGACAAGAUGUGCCAGUCUGAAUCUUCGGAAUUACUGAAAGUAAAAGGAGUGACAGCGACAAGUUUCCCAACAAAUGCUCCCAGCUCUGAUAUAUCUACUUCUAUCACCAAUCAUGCAGCUGUCCCUGCCGUGGUUCCAUUGUUGCCAUCUGCUGGGAGUUUUCCAGUGCAGCAAGUCAAAGAGAUGACACCACCUGCUAAACGUGGACGUGGAAGGCCAAAAAGAAUAACUUCAGAUAAAUCACCAGCUGCAGUGGUCCCUCUGGCAACUUCAGGAGCUGUUGAAAUGAACAUGCAAUUACACAAAGAAACUUUGCCUGGACAUGUAACAUCAUUGACUCCUGAAUCUACAGCUCAUUCUUCUGAAGUCACUAGUGUGAGUGGACCUGUGCAGCAGUGUGAUGCUGGGGUUGGUCCCAACUUACAUCCUGCCGUUCCUGUACCCACUGUUACAGCCAAUUCUCAGCCAGAUACUACUUCUUUAUCUGCACCUAUACAAGAAGGAGGACAAGGGCAGAAAACUCAAAGUGGAGGUGAAUCCACUAGACGCCGAGGGAAGAAACAGGUUGUACUAGCACUGUUACCUCCUAUCCAGGGUGAUUCUGUUGGUCCUGAUUUGAAGGUGAAUGAUCAAUUGGAACAUAACGCCAUGAAUCGUUCUGCAGAUCAAGCUAUCUCGCAGAAUGAAACUGUUUCCUGUAUUCCAACCCUACACCAUCCAAUGACCACAUCAGGUUCUGCUUCUUUAAGCAGUGGAAAAGAUAAUGCUAUGAGUGUUGGCGUUGCUUUGAAUUCUCAGCAACCUCUUCCUUUGUCCUCUGUUACUCUUUUACCUCAAACUACCCCUCCUUAUCCCCCAGUACAGAUACAGAAUAAGAGGAAAAAUCAGAAGUCUCAAAAUGUAUCAGGGGCUCCUCGGCGUAGGGGGAGAAAACAAGUGACAUCACCACCAAUUCCAGAUGUUUCAGGGCCAGAAAUAGAGAAAGUUCAGAUUCCUGAUCUGCAUGAUUCUACUUCUGAUACUUUGUUGAAGACUACUAUUCUUCAGAAUUCAGGGAAUGAAAAUGUUUCUGUCCCAACAUUACCUGUUGCGGAGGUUACAAAGGACCAACUUUCAGAGGCCAAAACUCAUCACUCUGCUGAAGCUUCAAAGGUUGUCCCUUCUGUUGGGCCUCCAGUCAAUUCCUUGCCUGGUAGUGGAACUAUAGAAAGUUCUAGUAAACCUAUAGAACCUACAACUGCCAAGGUUGUUCCGAGUGCCCCAUUGUGCACUGUUUAUCCUUCCACACAAGGCUCUGAAUCUACUCAAUCAUGCCCAUCUGAAUCCAUUCCAGUCAAAAGGCAAGGUCGUAAAACUCAAAAUCGAGUGGAGCCACCACGGCGUAGGGGUAGAAAACCAACUUUGGCAUCCCCUGUUGUUCUUGAGGCCCUUGCUUGUCAGGAUCCUAAAUUAACUGAUCAUUUGCAGGGUUCAUCAGCGGAUUCAUUGGUAGAUAAAGCCACUACAAAUGUUACUCAACCUCUGCUUAUUACAAAUAUUUCUGCUCGUGAUUUAAAAAGAAAAGAGAGUGCCACCAAUUCUGCCCAGAAUAAGCAGCAGAAAGUUGUGUCAAAAAGGAUCGAUAGUGCACCUGUAUCCUCGGAUACGGUUACUACAUUUGGCCGAAUUCAAAAUGUCAAUGAUGUGGCUCGGGUGAUGAAAGAAGUUUUCUCCGGAACUUGCUUGCCAAAACCUAAAGCACUUGAUUCUGUUGGCAGUGAAGAUCGGAGCCCACCUCCUGUACUCUUUAAAACUAAAGAUGCAGUAGAUGCCUUAAAUAGCCACUGUAAGGAAGAUAAAACAGGUUCUGAUAUACCAACUACUGAAGCAGUGUGUCUUACUUCGGACCAUGCAGUGAUCACACAUGAAAGACAAUCUUUUGAGCAAUCUAUUGAUCAAAAUCUGGACGCAGCACGCUCAGAUUUGCCAACUACUAGAGUAAUGGAUGCAUCCAACCAGUGUUCACAGGAUAGUGCAGGCUCCCAGGUACCAACUACUAGAGCAGAAUGUCCAACUUCAAACCAUAUAUGGAAUAUGGAUAAAAAGCAAUCAGAGGAAGCAUCCAAUAUUCAGAAUCUGGACGGUAAAACAAGUUCAGAUGUGCCUAUUAUUCGAGCAGUGGAUACUUCCAACACCCAGUGGGAGAAUGAUAAAGCAGGUUUGGGUCAUACACCAAUAACUGGAGGGGCAUGUCUAACUCUGGAUGCUGUGGUGAAUGCAGAUGAAAAACAAUCAGUGGAAGCAUCCAAUAUUCAGGAUCUGGAGGGUAAAGCAAGUUCAUGUAUACCAACUGAUGGAGUAGUAGGUACCUUAAAUGGCCAGUGUUUGGAAGAUAAAGCAAGUUCUGAUGUUACUGCUACUGGAGCAGAAUCUCUAACUACAGAUCUUGGAGUGAGCGGGCGUAAAAAACAAUUAGAGGAAGAUUCCAAUAUUCAGAAUCCAGAAGGUAAAGAGAGUUUAGACAUCCCAACUACUGGAGCACUGAAUCUGUCCCAUAUACAGUGUUUGGAGGAUAAAGCAGGUUCUGAAAUGACAAAUACUAUAGAUGCAUGUUUAAGUUCACAUGUUGCAGCAAACAAACAUGAAAAACAAUCAGAGGAGGCAGCAAAAAUCAAUGAUCAAUACUGUGAUGAUGCUGCGUUAGUUUUGCAACCUUCUGGGUCGGAAGCUGUAGUUAAUGAUAUAGUGGAUAAUUCUGUGGUUGGCCCUCUCAUAGGGGGAACUAUAUCGGAAACUGCGAUUCUUCCCCCAACAAAGAUAGAUGCAUCAUCUGAUGGAGGUCCUCUAUGCAGCCUGUUAGAACUAGGGGAGUCAAAAGAUUGUAAGACUGGAGAGGUGAGUGAUAGGGAUGCCACUGAGGUUGGUGGGAUAUCUGGAAACUGUAAAUCCGUAUCUCUUGCUAUCUCUGUAACAGCAGAGGGGAAAAGUGAGGUUGAGACCUUGUCUGAUAAGGGUCCACCAGGAACUUUGGAAGCACAGAAUGAAUCAAAAGUAUUGGCUGAUAAGGAGAGUCAAACAGAUAAUACUGAGAGCUGUGCAGCCAAGAUGUUAAAUAUAUCGGAAGUCCCCAGUUCCUCUGCAUCAAAUGUUGUCACCACAGCAAAAAUGCAGGCAUCAGAAGACUCUGAAGCUGUUACAGGGGAUGAAAUGGAUAUUACUAAGGGUGGUUUGGCUGCGCCAGAAGCUGAAUCUGUUGAUAGAGUUUCUCUUCUUUGCUCUACAGCUCAAGCCGGCGGUGCUACUAACGAGUGUAAUCCAGUAGUGCAAGACAAUGCAUUGAAGGACAUGGAACAAUCCCCUCCUUCAGCUGCAGAGGAUAAAGUUGUGGUGAGCUUGCCAGAUAAGGAUUUAACUGCUUACGCAGAAACAUCACAGGAAUCAAAAGAAUGUGUUGUUGAGGAUGAAAUGGAUAUUACUAAGGGUGGUUUGGCUGCGCCAGAAGCUGAGUCUGUUGAUAGAGUUUCUCUUCUUUGCUCUACAGCUGAAGCCGGCGGUGCUACUAACGAGUGUAAUCCAGUAGUGCAAGACAAUGCAUUGAAAGACACGGAACAAUCCCCUCCUUCAGCUGCAGAGGAUAAAGUUGCAGUGAGCUUGCCGGAUAAGGAUUUAACUGCUUGCACAGAAACAUCACAGGAAUCAAAAGAAUGUGUUGUUGAGGAUGGAAGAAACACUAUUCAAGACCCCGAGAUUGUAAGUGGAGAGGCGCGUCAGAACAUGCCCCUUGCUCCAAGUUCUUCACCAGUUGGGAGUGAAAGUGUACAGAGCUUGUCUGAGAAAGAGCCGGACCAGAGUUCAGUAUCAGAAGAAGCCAAAGAGCCUGAAACUGGGAACUGAAAUUUGUCAAUGUAUAUAAUUAUUGAGUAGUAGUUCUCUUGUACACAUGUAAUUUCUCUGUUGCAUUAGUAGUUUAUCACUACUUGAUAGUGGAAUCUUAUUAUAUGACACAUCUGUGAUCUGUCUUAAAAGCAGUUGUUUUGGCUUAUUUGUUGGAAUAGCCUGCAGCUGACUACCAACCUGAGUUUUAUAAUAUUGCUUUUAAGACUUAAUUAUCAUUGUAGCACUUUAAUAACAAAUGCUUUCCUUCUUCA